CGACGCUGCCGGCGGGAGGGCCGUGACUCCGGUUGUCAGUGAGGAGGCGGCGGCGGCGGCCAUUCUCUGCCUCACGUCGGAGCGAUGCGGCCGCAGCGGCGGCGACGGUGAUGGUGAUGAUGAUGAUGAUGUUGGGGACCCUCCUCGGGGCCUUGGCUUUACUCCGGAGCUCGACAGCUGAACCAUGUCCUAAGCACCUGGAAUGCGUAAUUCAGCGGCGAGAAGUUUGUCCGUCCGGAUCGAGCCACUGUGGGCCCUGCCUUUCUCAUUACGUUCAGAAUGCGAAAGGGAAUUGUGAAAGGGAGCGCAACCUGCAAAGUGGGAUGAGCCAUGGAGUCUCAAACAUUGAUGCGGAGAUUGAUCAUUUAGCAGCAGUCCUUGCAAAUCAGCAAAAUCCACCAAGUGCCCUACAGCUGGCAGCGAAGGAAUCUACUGGGCCGCAAAAUAAUCUAAAGGAAGCUCCUUCAGACAUAAAGUCAAACACAGCUGAGCCUGGUUUUACCACAAGCGCAGUCACAAACACUCCCAACAAAUUGGUUAUUAUAAAAGGUGGUCCACAAGGAACAUUUGUUCCCGCCAGCGAUGCCAUCCUGCUCACUCUGAUCAUUGUGUGUACGGUAGCAGGAGUCUCUGGUCUGAUAGUAGCCGGUAUCUGCUGGUGUAGAAUGCAGAGAGAGUUGAAAUUAACCCAAAAAGCAGAUUAUCAAGUGUAUGGCAUGGUGGGAAUCAACGCGCCCACUGAGAAAUCCUUGAACGGUGACAAGAAGCUGGCACACAGUGCCCAGAUGUACCACUACCAACAUCAGAAGCAGCAGAUGAUAUCAAUGGAGAAAAAUAAAGAUGAAUCCAAAGUAGCUGAUUCGGCCACAGAGUCGGACGGAGAAAAUGAAGACGGUGAUUUCACAGUGUACGAGUGUCCUGGAUUAGCUCCAACGGGGGAGAUGGAGGUCAAGAACCCACUUUUUGACGAUUCAUCUCUACAUCAUUCAACCUCUAAGACACAUCAGUAACUAUGUAACUUUAGUUCUCUCUGGACUAUAUACUUCGAGAAGGAAGAUUCAUCUGGAGCUACAAGUGAUCAUUCAACUGUGCACCAAAGGACACACUUCAUUUCAAAAAAUCUCUCUAAUUUUGUUUCUGACUGUUAAGGGAAUUCACUCUUUCUUACCUUCCUUUCCCCCAACCUCUGGUAAUGCAGUCUAUUCUGUGAUGGUCCUUGUCUUCUCAACAUUGAGUCCUACCCCACCCCUCAGCAAACACAGACACACCUUUCUUGAAGUGGCUUCCCAUGCAGUUUGAGACAGCAAUAGAGUGUUUCUUAGCUUUUGGUAUCUACUGUCUCUGAAAGGCAUGCUGCUGCUCACAAUGGAAAAAUGGUUAAUGAUUUGAAAGAGAAGUGAGCCCUACCCCUCCCAUUCAAAAGAGGACUUUGAACACUUGCUGCUCAGAGAUUUCUAUGGAGUGUGUACUGUAUCUGGGCACUGUUGCAGUAGCAAAAUUUGGUACACAGAUGCCAAGACACCUAACUGAAGAAGAUUCUUUCUCCAUCCUCCUUACUCUGUGUGGUAUGAUCAAGUUCUCUAUCCCACAAAAGCAGAGAUCAUUCAAAGUCAAUCAGACUGACAAAGUAGAACUGCAUUUAGAGGAGUUAAUGUGUUUAUUCUUACCUGGGUCAGAUUGCAGUGACUGCAGAUUUACACCCACUUUCAAACUGGCCCCUAGGACAGAUCUUUAAUUUUUUCCGACAACGCGUGAACUGCUCGUGAGGUAUUCACGGCACCGGUCACUGUAAAAGAUCCUACUGUGUACAUUGGGGGGAGCUGCUCAAAUUUAAUCAACAAAGACCUUAUAGGAGGCACUGGUCAGGCCAAGACCUUGCUGCCCAUCAGAGUAUUGGCUUGCAAAGAUAUAAAGAGCCAAGUGAGAAGAAUACCGUUUCUCAGUGACGUGUCUCAUCUAGAAAUCCAGCUUCCCCUGUGGGCCCUGAAGAGAAACUAGUGAGUCAAACCCACCGACCUCCCGUAAGGUUAGUGCUGAUGAGACUGUUGGUCAGUGUGUGAAGUAGAUUUGUUGGUCCUGUGCAGGACUCCCCUCCAACCUCCCCCUCCCCCAAUACAUUCCCAAUCCAGUUGUUAAACUGGGCACAGAUAGUUUAGCAUCAGGUCAAAAGGGCCUCCUUUCUCAAAUGGGAUAAGGUUGAAUGUUUUUAUGCAGAUCUUCUACAUGCCUAGACAGCAGUGUGCUUCAUUUGCGUAACAAUACUGGGAGUGGACUGAGAAGCAGUUAACAGAGGGUGGAAAUCUUAAUGAAACUUCCAUCUACAUGUUGCAGUGUGGGAACCAAUUUUAACAUAAACAAGUACAGACGUGGAAAGAUUAUGUUGAAGCUCUUAGAAGUACUUUAUAGAAUGGGACGUUGAAGAUUAAUUAGUUGACGAGCGUGGCGUUUAAAAGUUUUGUCCCUAAAUAACUUUUCUAAAAAAUGGUGGCGGUCGACUGCAAAAUGUAUUCAAAUGAAUGUGUUUUCACUGAGCAUAAUUGUACAAACUCCCAAAUGACGUGCCAAUCUUGGCCACUCUGGAAGCAGAGGUCAAGCAGCAUAUUUUUAUUCCAACAGAAUCAAAUUUCACAAUUUCAUAAGAAGCCCGACAUUUAAAAUCCUGCUGAAUGUGCCUGGGUUUUUUUAAAUUUGUUUUUAAAUCGUGCAUAAUUCUCUUGGAGAUAUUAUUGGAAUCUGGACUAUCGAUGGUUAAUCAAUGGCUUAUGCCUCAUAUAGGUGUCGAUAAGGUGUUGGUGCAUUUUAAUGGCACCUGAAUAAGUGGAUGAGCAUCUGUUCCAAGCUGCGGUCCUCUGGACAGGCCAGCUUCAUUGCAAGGAAAACAACGGGUAAACGGUUUGAGUCGGGAUGUUUUGAGCCGUCGCACAAUUUUCUAACACUUAAAAAAAAAUUGAAGAUCGACUGCUGUAAGACGUAUUUGAUAUACAGCAACGAUUGCCUAGUUAUAGGGCAACCCCCAGUAUAAUUCAGUGUCCGGCGUCCAGUAUCUCUGAGGCUAAAUGCAAAACGAUGGCUGCUGACAUCCAUUGGUACGCAGGAUCACUGAUGUCACUUCCUUUGGAUCACUGAUGUCCUUCCUUCGGAUCACUGAUAUCACUUCCUUUGCAAAGGAUGUCAGUGAUGCUUCCUGCCCGCACGUGGUAAUCAAGCACAGGUACCGGAAGUGCCAUCAGUGGUGUUCCACUGGCUGCCCUGUACUUGAGAAGUGCGACGGAAUUUUUUUUCCCCCCCCAAAAAAACUUUGAUUAUCGGAACCUUGAAAUGCCAGGAAACGUACAUUUGCUACGUACGGUGAAGACAAUUUGAGAAACGUUUUAAACCAUCUCAUGAUCCAACCGGGCUCGUGCAUCAAUUCCAAUAAUACUAUUUUUAUCCCGCUGACAUCAGUCACUCACUCAAUCAAUAAAGUUUUAAAAGCUCCCCGACAGCCUUGUGGGCAAAGACGCCAAUUAAAUAGCACAAAAGCCCAAUAGGUUUCUAUCCAGGUCUGGGCUGAGUUAGCUAAUGUAAAUGCAGUGGCGUGGGGAUGGGGGGGGGGGGUGGGGGGGAGAGACAUUGCAGACACCAACAAUUAGACUCAGUGCUUCUGGCCAGGGAGUGGGAAAAUCAGCCUGAUCUACUGACAUCUUGAUCGCUAUCCAGUGACCACUCUGAACAUGCAUCUUUGUGGAUCAGGUUCGGCUGUGAUUUCAACUCUUCUCCCCCACCCCCAUGCCCUCCGCGGCAGGGCACAAUGAAGAAUGGGCACUUUGAAGCGGUAAACAGAGGGUAACCGGUGCCGGUGGGAACUCUGCUCGGCAAGCGAUCCAAUCUUUUAGGAACGGAGAGAAAAAUAAGAGGGGGGAAAUCAGCAAGAAAAAGGAACGUACUCAGUGAGAAAACUGAAGUAUGCGAAAAGCACUGUUUAAAUUUUGGAAUUGGUGUGGGAAGGGGAAGGGUUUUGUAAUAUAUACAUACGUAGGUGACAAAUUGUACAACAUUCAGCGCACUGCAUGGGAUAAUGAGGGUGAGCCACAGUGCAAUUAAUUGGGCUAUACUUGCAUGGGAUAAAUGCUUUGGACCACACUUUGAAAAUUGAUGCUUUUUCUUUACUUUUCCCUCUUGCGUAUCUUUCUUCAUCUGCUCUGUACAUAUUUAUUACCUGUUUAAAUUUAUUUUAAUACUGAUCGUUUAUUUUGCCGUAUAUUCUGUUUUCACCAAAACUCGUCUCCACCAUUUUGAAUGCCUGAUUAUACCUGUUCUGACAUAUCGUAUAUUGUUGUAUUUUUCUGUGAAAAUAAACUGUUUUGCUGAAA